UUACACGGAGCACGUGAAGGCAUCAGUUGGUCAACGUGCGUUUGUGUUGUGUCUCUCCGCCCUGACGGCAACAGACAGCGAGCCAGCGGCGGAGCGAAGAGCGCUACACGGCAAGAGCAGCGAAAAGCGGCCAAAAUGAGGGACAACAGUUUGUCUAGGAUUGUUGUUAUUAUCGUAUGUGCGGCGGUUUUUAUUGCCGUUUUAGUUGUGAACGCUUUGGCUGGAGCGGGCAAAGGUCCAUUCCACACCAGCACAGGUAAUGUGUCGGCACGCUUUGAAACAGACAUCACUCCAGCUGGCUGGACCUUCUCUAUCUGGGGUGUCAUCUAUACCUGGCUCACCCUGAUGGUCAUAUACAUCACUACAUAUGUAUUCAGAGGAUCCUGGGCUCAGUGUCUGCUGCCCUACGCCUUCUAUUUCUGCUGGCUGGCCAACAUGGUGUUGAACAUAACAUGGCUGCUGCUGUGGGACAAAGAGAUGAUGCUCGCAGCUCUGGUUGUAUUAAUCAUGAUAGCGGUUUCCAACUACGGUGCUUUGUUCUUCUGUUGCUUUGCAACCGAUUACUAUGGACUCUGGUUACAGACCUACCAUCGCAAAGACCUGGCCUGCCUUAGAAUACUGGUCCAGAAUGGUUUGGCUCUCUACAACACAUGGACAUCCAUCGCCUCUCUGAUCAACUUCUCACUGGUUCUCCAGCUGUGGGGUGUGGACAAGAGCACCGCAGCCACAGCAUCUCUGUGCAUCCUGUUUGGAGAGGUGAUGGGAUGGUUCGUCCUUGAGAAUUGGGUGCUGGACCGUUGGGUGCGCAACAUCCUGACAGUGUACCCUGUGGUGAUUGUGGCUCUGAUCGGAAACAUCUGGAAACAUUACAACCGAGCUGACCCCACUACUAAUGCUGUGUUUAUGAUUGUGCUGCUGGUGUUAGCGUGUGUCCUGCUGUUGUUCCGAAUCUGUACCGUCAUCUGGAGGAACUGCAGGCGGCCUCUUCACUCCCCAGGCUCAGCACGGCUGAUGAUAUCACCUCUUGAUGGCAGCAAAUUCAAGAUCUUUGCUUAAACAAUAGACACUGUUACAGUGCCUCCUGUCCCACUGCAGCCUUUUAACUCUCAGCCCAGACCUAUAAUUAUGUACAUUUUCACACAAGCCACCGUACUAAAAUACAAAUCUGCUGAGUGUAAAGGCGUGCAGCCUGUGACGGUGUUUUACUCGUCAUGGAUUUGCAUAAACAACACUCUUAAGAACUCGGUUUCUUUCAGUGGAAUGUCUGAAAUUGGCUUGAUGAGGAAGGAAGUAGUGGUGUUCAGGGUCUUUAACGGGAAGAUGGGGAAACCUUCCCUCUGUUUUCCUCCCCUCUCAAACAGCAGUUAGGACAGUGCAACAGUGUUUUUACAUCUGAAACACUCUCUUUGAAAUACUAAUAAACUACUGCUGUCACUACGUUUUAAUAUUAUUUCGUAUGUUUACUACAUUCUAUACAAAUGCAUGCGUGUGAUAUGACUAUCGUGUUUUGUAUUGCUAUUAUUUUCCGUCAGUUGUAUUAUUGCAUUUAUGGCCUUUUCUAUUUGUUUCUAUGGAGUGACACUUGAUUCAUAUACUGUCAUUAUACAGAAUGGUGGCUUUUUUUGGCAAUAUAAUUUUAACAAAUGUUAUUUUAGUACUUAAGAACUUUGUAGAAUUCAUUCUGAAUUUCAAUAAAAGCAUCAUUUUCCAC